AUGUCAGAAGCCUCCAACACGAACCGAGUUUCCCAAACUUUAGGCGACCGGGUGUACUCGUGUCACCCAUUUGCAACCGCGGUAUCAUGGGCGAACCAACCUGCAAGCAAACAUCCAACAGCGCAACUCUACAAUCGUCUGUUGUCUUUUGCCGACUUCCAGUACAAUCUUGUCUACUCAGCAUCGCACAUUCCGGGGAAACCCAACGAAAAUGUGGCGCCUCCCUUCGACGAUCUCUCAACCGUGUGGAAUUGCAGCUGCUCCGACAACCCCUUGCACAGUUUGUCUGCACCAAAUACCAGCAACGCUGGCGUCAGUGAGGCCGAUUUGUCCGAGACACGGGCAGGUCACGAUGACUAUCCAUGA